AUGGACGUGGCUCCGAGGCUGGGAAGCGACGCAACUGCAUUGCAGCCCACGUCUAUUGCGUCGCCCGCAGGAGGUAGAGGUCGGAUACCGCCGCCACCAUUCAAUGCUGGUGGACUGAGGCGGAAUGCGCUGGAUCAUGUCAGAAGCUAUCGAAGAUUAUUCAAUGGCAGCCACUCGUCGACAAUCGACUUGCAUGCAGCUGAAGGGCCGUCUGAGACAACGAAUAUUGGCAAGCACCCAACUAAGAAACAUGCUGUCUGA